AUGUCUACCUUCGUCAGAAAUCUGACAAUCCGGACCCAUGACCUUGGCCAUGCUGCAACGCUACUCCUUACGUUCGACAAGGAUGUUGAAGGAAUCUACAAAGACUACUUCCCCGUAGUCUGGCACGUCGUUGCUUUCGGAGCAAAGGGUUCCUAUGCCAUGCAUGCAACCUACACGAACCAACUCACUUUCCUCAAGCCUCAGGUUGACAGUGGUAGCAUUAUUGGAGCAGAAACCUACAUUGAUAUCAACUACAACCAAAGUACCACUCUGACAGAGGAGGAAGGUGUCUUCUACUUUUCUGACCUUGCCAUUGGUAUAUGGCCGUUAUGCUUCAAGGACUCGGAUGGAAGAGACCAGUUACCCACGUCAGCACUGUACUUCGAUAGUGUCAGAGACAAGUCCAACGUCACGGCUCAAUUCAUUCCGAUCCUGCGUGCCUACAUCACCUCCGACUAUAAGGAGACUGACAUCUUAAGGAGUCCCAUUAAGACCAAAGUGAUAUGGGAAGUCAAUCUUGCUGAACUCAAGGAAACCACCAGUUGGAACCUCAGCAUAAAUAACACCGAUGAAUAUAAGAUCACUCCCUCCUAAUUUGUGCUGACGUUCCAAGGAUGGUGUGUCCUGAUGUUCUGUCGUUGGUAUGUAGCUUCGUCAAUUAGUGAUCGCUAGUUAUGUUUUUUGUCUGUCAACUUGCUCGUUUUCAUGUAUAACUAGGAAUGGCUCCAUGGAUGUUUUCUUGAAUUGAACAAUUAUGGUA